ACUGGUCAUCCGCUUAGGUCAGCAGCAAACGGCGUCACUGUCGUGAUUUCACGUUUCUAAAACGUUUCACUGGGAUGAGCCAACGUCAUAUGGAAAGCCAGAUAAAAGAACACCUUACUAAGAACAAAUACAACUACAAAGAUCAAGCCCGCAAGGACGUUCUCAACGCAAUCCUCAAUUUCAGAGAAUUGAAACCCGAAGUUGACACUCUGGUGCAGAACAACGGUCAGGCGAAGCGUCUAGUGUGCUUAGACGGGACCAUUCCGGUCAACUAUAGAGGGACGAAGUACAACAUUCCGAUCCGUGUGUGGCUACAGACCAACCAUCCUUACAGCCCGCCCAUUUGUUAUGUCAGACCGACGACGAGUAUGAGUGUUAAGGUGUCUAAACAUGUGGAUCAGUCUGGUCUCAUUUACUUGCCCUACCUUCAUGAGUGGAAGCAUCCUGCGUCGGAUCUGUGUGGCCUCAUACAGAUGAUGUGUAUCAGGUUUGGAGAACAGCCGCCUGUUUAUUCCCGGCCUGCACAGUUGCAGCCGCCGCAGACUGGUGGAUAUCCGAUACAACGUGGACCUGCGCCACACAUGGGUGGUCACCCUUCGUCGAGUUAUGGGUAUCCUCAGCCACCGUUUGGUCAUCCGCCGGUAGCCGGUCAGUAUCCGCCGGCUGGUUUUAUGCCAAUGCCGAGUCCUGGACAAGGAGCUCCACGUGGUGUAAGCCAACCUUAUGCACCUUCUUCGUACUCUGCUACGCCUUAUCCUCCAUCGUCGGCUGCAAACUUGCCGUAUCCAACUGGACCCGCCAGACCUCAAUUACCUCAACCUAUACCACAGCAUCCACAGAUGCCACAGCAUCAACAUCCACAACCAGGGCAUCCUACUACUGCAACUAAUUAUGAUGUAGGUACUUCGUACCCACCUGCUACAUCGUAUCCCCCUGCUACAUCAUAUCCUCCUGCUACAUCGUAUCCCCCUGCUACAUCGUAUCCCCCUGCUACAUCGUAUCCCCCUGCUACAUCGUAUCCCCCUGCUAAUCGAUCUCCUUUAGAGAGUGUCGCUCCAGUUGCUGCGGGUAUCGUUGCUGCACACACUCAAACAUUGAAGGAAGACGAUCCUCAACUACAGUCAGAAAUGGAGAAGGUCAAACGAAUGUCCCUGCAAACUAGUGUGGAAGAACGACUGAAAUGUCAGAUGAAGGAAGUAUUUGAGAGGUCACAAUCAGAGAUGCAAUCUCUACAAUCUACGAAGGACGAACUGGUAAGGGGCAGUCGGAAACUUAAUGAAAUGUUAAACACAUUGGACAAGAAGCAAAGAGAAGUUGAAGAGAGCAUUAAAGUUUUGACGACAAAAGAUGAAGAAAUUCGCGAAGCUCUUCAGAAGCUCGAGAAUGCAUCAGACGGGUUAACGAUUGAUGAGACAGUCAUAGCUACGGCUCCACUAUACAAGCAAAUCCUUGAUCUUUUUGCAGAGGAAAAUGCCAUCGAAGACACAAUUUACUACUUGACUGAGGGACUUCGUAAUGGUGUGCUGAGUGUGGAGGUUUUUUUGAAGCAUGUGCGUGACUUGUCGAGGCGACAGUUCAUGUUACGUGCUCUCAUGCAGAAAGCAAGACACACAGCUGGACUAGGCGAGCUAUAAACAACUCAUUAGUACUGAACAAUUGUGUUGUUAGAUAUUUAGGCUGUUCCGUAGGCUUUAUUUGCUUGAUCGCAAUGUAUUUGUUUAGGACAUUGAAUUAUUGGUACACUGUA